AAUUCAGGUUAAAGCAGCAUUUUGACCACGUUUAAAAUCCUCACGUGGGGAGCUACACUAUGAGAAGACUUGGAUUCCACCUGAACUAAAGUUUAAACAAAAUGAAACCUCCUUUCUCAAAUACAAGCUGAUCUAUGGACACGUAUGGUCCAAGCUGAUGGGGCUGAUGAGGGCUGUGUGACGUUUGUGCUGCACGAGGAAGACCAUACACUGGGCAACUCCCUCAGAUACAUGAUCAUGAAAAAUGUGGAUGUGGACUUUUGCGGCUACACCAUCACCCACCCUUCUGAGAGCAAGAUCAACUUUCGGAUUCAGACACGAGGGGGCGUUGCAGCCACAGAGCCUCUGCGGAGAGGUCUGAAUGACCUCAAUGAUGUUUGUCAGCAUGUUCUCAACACCUUCCAGGGGAGAGUUAAUGCGUUCAAAGAGAGGGAGGAGCCACCCAUGGAAUGAAGAGCAUCACGUAUGUGCGACUGUGGACAUCUAAAAAACUGUUAAAAAAAAUGACUUACUUUGAUAUUUCCCCUUUCAUGUUUUGUUUACUAGUCCACCUAUUGAACUAGUUCACAGGUCACGUUCAAACAGUUGUACAGUUUUCUUUUUUUAAUCCGCUCAAAUGAUUUUGAUGUAUAAUAAAUGUGUGUUCUUGUGUUUAUCUUA